AUGCCAUUUACAAACUGCAUCCUUUUUGUUGAAAUUAGUCUACCAAAAUUAUCCGUAGUUUCCUUUAUCGUUUUUGUAGUGAUUGGAAACAAAGGACGCCAGAUUACCUACAUACAAACCGAAGCGAAAUGCAGAGUUCAAAUGUCUCCAGCUAAUGGCGAGGGCAGUGACGGUAUGAGACGGUGCACUUUACAGGGGUCGCGCAGUGCAAUUUUGAAAGCCAAAACUUUGAUUGAAAAUAUUAUUGCACGAGCAGAUAAGCAACCACCAGCAAAUUUUGGAGCGUUUAACUCUGGAAAAGGUGCUUCAAACGGACUGAGCUAUGUUUGCGAGAUUCUUAUUCCUGCUACUAAAUGUGGGUUGAUAAUCGGCAAAAAUGGUGAUACGAUAAAAAAUCUUCAGCAAAAGUUAGGCGUGAAACUUUUGCUGAUACAAGAAAGCAAUAAAGUGGGCAGCCAACCAAAGCCCCUUCGUAUUACGGGCGAGCCAAGUAAGGUCGAUUUUGCUCAUCAGUUUAUUGAAAAUAUGCUGGAGUCGCGUGGCGAUUUUCCAUUUACCAACCAACUUUCUGAUACAAACAAUUUGCUGAGUCGGUUUGGUAUGGAAGGACAAUUAUCUGUUGGCGAAGUGAUUGUUCCACGCUCAUCGGUAGGUAUAAUCAUUGGUAAAGGAGGCGAAACGAUUAAGCGUCUUGCUGCAGAAUCUGGUGCAAAAAUCCAGUUCAAGCCGGAUGAAGAUGAAACUUCGUCGGACCGUUCGGCUAUGAUUCAGGGAACAACCGCUCAAAUCUCCAAAGCUACUAUGUUAAUAAGAGAUCUUGUUAAUAAAAGCAGCACUGGAAUUGGGACCGAAAUGUAUCAUAUGCAUGUGCCGUCGAGCAAGACAGGACUUAUUAUUGGGAAAGGUGGUGAAACAAUCAAAAAGAUCUGUGCUGAAAGUGGGGCGCAUGUUGAACUUUCUAGAGAUCCCCCUCCAAACAGCCUAGAGAAGGUUUUUGUUAUUACUGGGACGUCUCAUCAGAUUCGUUAUGCUCAAUAUCUUAUUCGCAUUAAAACUGGCCAAAUACCGCAAGGAACUCCACUUCACCAGUUUUGCGGUCAGCUGGAGUCUGAUUAUCUUUCCAACUCGUACAACUAUUCUUUAGAUCCAAUUGCAGUAGGGCCUCCAGGUUAUGGUAUGGAUUCAGGCAUCUUUGAGGACGGAAAAACACCAAAGCAAGUACCGAAUCAAUGGAAUAACAACAUAGCUCUUCCUCAAGUCGAUGCGGGCCAAACGCCGUGGCAGCAGUAUUACACGCAACACUAUACUUAUCCUCAAGGAGCGUAUGAUUCAUACUUUCAACCAGCAGGACUACAAACGCAGCAGGUUCAGAACAUACCUCCAUCAGUAAACCCACAAACAGGUGCGUUUAUAAUGGCUCCACUAGUUUUUUUUUUGUAUUUUUCAGUGAAUCUACUCUUACGAUUAUUAGCACUAGUUUCAGGUCAACCUGAUUACACCGCUCAGUGGAUUGAGUACUAUAAAAGUAUGGGAAUGCUGGAAGAGGCAGCAAUGAUUGAAAAUCAAAUGAAGCAAAAUUCGCGGAUAAUAGCCUCGGCCGCUUCAAUGCCUCAGGCGGUACCUGACAACUUUCCGUACGACGGAUCCAACGGUUAUACCGUACCCAGCUCUCAGGCGCAGUUUGGCGUGAACUCCUUCGCACAAGCACAGUUACAAAGCUCAGUCGCGCAGUCGCAGUAUUGA